AUGUGGGUCUCUGCAGUCAAGGGUUUCCUGGUUCCUCAGGGAAGAAGAGCAGCAGCGUCGACACUGGCUGCAAGAAUUCCCCGUCCAUUUCAGCAAUCUACAUCAUGUCCAAAGAGGAGCUUUCGCCUUUUUUCCACAACCACUCCAGAUGACCUGGAAGAGAAAAUCAAAAUCAAGGGAGACGAAAUUCGACAACUCAAAGCAGAUGGUGUUGAGAAACAAGCAUUGGCUCCACACAUUGAAGAACUACUAGCCCUCAAGGCACAAUUACCAGACCCUUUGGUCGAGUUAGAACAAAAAAUCAAAGCCAAGGGGGAAGAAAUUCGCAAACUCAAAGAAGGCGGCAUUGAAAAAGCAGACUUGCAGCCUCAUGUCGAGGAACUCUUGGCAUUAAAGGCACAGCUACCAGCCGACCAAAAGCCACCAGAAAAACCCAAGAAAAAGGCACCAGAAAAACAGAAAAAGAGUCCCGUUGCCAAGGCAGCGGCCAAAAAGCCAAUCGAGGAAAUGUCGGAAAAGGAACUUCGCUACACGCGUUUGCAAAAAGUAGAAGCCAUGCGCGAAGCGGGAGUGGAACCCUACGAAUACACCUAUCAACCCACGCACACGGCCGCGCAACUAGCACAACUCUAUGAAGGCAAAUUGGAAGGAGGCGAAGAAGACGAAAGUGCCACUGUGGCCGUAGCCGGUCGCAUCAUGACCCGUCGAGUCUUUGGAAAAUUGGCCUUUUUCACGUUGCAAGAUGAAACGGGAACCAUUCAACUUCAAUUUGACAAAAAGCGGUUGGGAGAAACAUUCAAGCAACUCAAAGAUUGGACGGAUGGAGGUGAUAUCAUUGGUGUCCAGGGUACAAUUCGUCGAACCGACAAGGGAGAAUUGACUGUCUAUGCCAAUGAAUGGAAAAUGCUAACCAAGGCAGCACUGCCAUUGCCAGAUAAGUUCCACGGCCUCACGGAUGUGUCAAAAAGAUAUCGAUCGCGUCACUUGGAUAUGAUUGUCAAUACCAACGUCCGGGACACUUUUCGAAAGCGUGCCAUGAUCACGUCCAAACUACGUCGCGUCUUGGAUGAAAUGGGCUUUUUGGAAAUUGAAACACCCGUCUUACACAGCCAAUCGGGAGGGGCCGAAGCCAAACCAUUCGAAACCUACCACAAUUCCAUGGACAUGGAGUUGACACUUCGCAUUGCCACCGAAUUGCAUCUCAAACGUCUCAUUGUGGGAGGAUUUGAUCGGGUCUACGAAGUGGGACGGAUCUUUCGCAAUGAAGGAAUAUCCACACGACACAAUCCAGAGUUCACUUCGGUGGAACUGUAUCAGGCAUAUGCGGACUACGAUGAUAUGAUGGAGUUGACGGAGCAUUUGGUUUGCUCCAUUGCCGAGGAAGUCUGCGGAGGAUUGACGGUUCCGUAUGGAGAAGACACUAUCAGUUUUGAACGUCCCUGGCGUCGCGUGACGAUGCACGAUAUCGUCAAGGAGGAGAUUCCGGAUUUUGACUUUGCCGCAUUGGACCCGGAGGAUCCAGAAUCACUCGCAAAAGCCAAGGAAGCGGCCGCCAAUGCCAAAGUCCCUGGCUUGGAGCGCUUGAACUCGGUCGGGGAGGUUUUGAAUACCUGUUUUGAAGAACUCUGCGAACCCAAGCUGAUUCAACCUACGUUUGUGAUUGAUUACCCCGUCGAAGUGAGUCCCUUGGCCAAACCGCAUCGCAGCAAGCCGGGUCUCGUCGAACGGUUCGAGUUGUUUGCCGUGGGUCGGGAACAUGCCAAUUCCUUUAGUGAAUUGACCGAUCCCGUGGACCAACGUGUCCGUUUCGAAGCUCAAGCUGCCAAGAAAGCCGCGGGCGACGAAGAGGCAUGCGAUGUGGACGAAGACUUUUUGCAGGCACUGGAACAGGGCAUGCCUCCGACGGGUGGUCUCGGCAUUGGGAUUGAUCGUCUCGUGAUGCUCUUGACCAAUGCUCCUUCGAUUCGCGAUGUCAUUGCGUUUCCUCUACUGAAACCGGAUCAAUCCUCCCAAUAA